AUGUCUGAAACAUUUAUUCAUAGUGUAUCAGAAAAUCAAAUAAUAGUAAAUGAUUUAGAAAAUAAUAAUGAUUAUGAUAAUGAAGAUAAUGUAUUUAUUGAUUCUAGUGUAUAUAAUCAAGAAUGUUUUAUGGAAAUACUUAAAAAGCUUGAAGAUGGAAAACCAAUUCACGAGGUUGUACGAUUUACAAGUCAUUCAUCAUAUACACAUACUAUUGUUAAAACAAUUCAAGGCCUAUUUUUAUAUGUGGUUUUAAAAAGUGUUAAUAUCUAUGGUAGUUACUAUGAUUUUCAGAGAUACAUCGGUCCAUCAAUGAUGAUUGGCACAUAUGCAUGUCCACUCUACAGAGUGCAAUACAGAAUCAAUAAAAAUGAUUCCACUGGUGCCAUAAUCAAAUACUCAAAUAAUUUAGAUGAAUGUGAAACUUACUUCAAUCAUUUAUGUAAAGUUUUUAAUGUGUUAACUAAAAGACUAUCAUUAAACUCGAUUUGUUGUGGCGUUGGGUUAUCUGAUUCAUUCUAUUUAAUGAAUACUAAAACUAUUAAAAAAUCAUCACGAACUAGAAUAUCAUUCAUUAUUGGUAAUUCGAAAUAUUCACAACAUAGGAAACUUGACGGUGUAAUAAAUGACGUCAAUUCAUUCUACUGCGCAUUACUAGGCUGUUCUUUUCAUAGUGAUAAUAUCGUUUGGCUAAUCGACUCAGAUUUGAGAACAUUUUAUGAUAAAUGGUAUACAUUUCUACAACUAGUUCAAUCAUUUCAAUCGUAUAUUGAAGUGGUUGUAUAUUAUGCUGGUCAUGGUAGAAGUGAUAAUGGUAAUUUAAAAUUAAUAAUGACCGAUGGCAAUCCUGUGCAAUUGUCAAUAAUUGCAUCAACCUUGACAGAGUCUAUUAAAAACAGUGAUAGUUUAUGUUUGUUUAUCGUAGAUUGUUGUAGAGAUGGGGAGAACGUUUUACCAUUUCAUUAUCCAAUCGAAUCAUUUGAUGAUAAAAAGAAUAUCGCAGUUUUAUUCGCUUGUAAAUAUGGUGAACUUUCUUAUGAAUCUUUAGAAUUAAAUGCUGGUAUUUUCACACGUUCUUUUGUUAAAACUAUUACUGAAAGAAAAAACAACAAUAUUUCAACAAUUUGUAACUUGACAGACAUUGCAAUUAAAAGAAUUUAUAAAAACUAUAGUGGUUGUAGUUUAAUUGGUAAUUUUGAUUGCUCAUUAUUGGAAUUUUGA